AUGGAUGCCAUUUCUAAAACACUGGACUUCAAUACGAUAGACAUUCCGACUGUUUUUACGAUAUCUGAGGAUCAGCAGACCCGGUCCGAAGAAACUUCAUCGAAUCCUUCCGUCCAGCCGGUCGCAUUUAAAUAUGAUUGGCUCAUCGACCUCUACUACCGCGAUAUUCAUCCGGCGCACCCGUUUGUGCUACCACGGAGAAUGUACCUGGAAGACCGGAAUGUGUUGCCUGUGUAUUUGAAGACAGCCAUGGCUUUCAUGGCUAGUCACCUGUCCGGAAGCUUCGAAGGCCUCUGCGAGGAAGCGGCAGAUCAAAUGUUCAAUUCAAAUGUACCAGACGAUAUUUUCAAGGUUCAGGCUUUGUUACUGCUUACUCUAGCCUCGUUUGCCCGCUUCGAGCGUGAUCGUGGUAAUAAAGCGUUGACCGAAGCCUGCACGCUGGCGUCCAGUAUCGGUCUCAGCACAAAUGUCUCCGGUGAGGGCCAAAGUGCUAUUCAUCAGGAAAGCUGGCGGAGAACCUACUGGGAGCUGUACACAAUUACCGGGCUGCUCUCACUCAUUACUGGCAAGAAUGUUCGAACAAACUGUCUCGAGGGCCUGUCACUUCCAGGACAUUGUCAAGAAUAUGACGAGUGCCACGUCUCCGAGCGCAAAGACUUGCGCACAAUGGGUUUCCGCAUGUCACUAGAAGACGGCUUCAAGUGGUCUUCCUUCGCUUACAAGGUUGAAGCUACGCGCAUAUUGAAUAGUAUUCUCGAACGGGGAGAACCAGAUGGAGCGUUGUCAGACGCAGAAAUGCAAGCACUCAGUGCUUCCAUAACCGGAUUUUUAUUUUCUCUACCCGAAGACAAGCGGACUCCUAUAACCGACAAUGGUGGUAACGACGAGGUCAUGUCGUAUGAACCAUGGUUUGAUGAGCUCACUAGCCAGUACAUGCCACCAACAAUGGACCUGUUCAAUUUCAUGGGCCCGUCUCUCGACUCGUUCAAUUUUCUCUAUCAGCAAUAA